UGUCAUUUGUGAUUAUUCGAAAGUUGCGAUGCAUCUGUUGGGUGUAUAUUCUCUCUUUUUUCGCUCCGGAGGUGUGUUCUUGUCUUACCUUGUGUAUGGUAUUUACCAAGAAAAAAUGUGAGCUAGUUGAGUUUCACGUAUUUGAUAAAUUUUGUUAGCACAAAAACCAAGUAUGGUCCUGGGAUGGAGUUAUUUGAUUUUUAUUUCUCUCUGUUGCUUUUCCAGUGCAUAAUAAACUUCAUAUUUUCACGAAUAGCUCUCUGGUUUUGGCCAGAGUUAUCAGUUCCUUCCUUGCAGCAUAAGUUUGGCAUUUGUGGCUUUAGUUAUAUUACCGCAAUGUACACAAGUAACACAAGUCUUAAGUAUGUCACUUAUCCUACCCAGGUGAUAGGAAAAUCCAUCAAACCAAUUCCUGUAAUGCUUCUGAGUGUAUUGCUAGCCAAGCGGAGUUAUCCUUUGCAGAAAUACAUUUUUGUGACAAUGAUUUCGUUCGGUGUAGCAUUCUUCAUGCUCAGGGGGCAUUCAGCAGGGAAUUCCGCAAGCGAAUUUGGCUUUGGAGAGUGUCUCUUGAUAUCUUCGUUACUUCUCGAUGGUGUUACUGGCGGAGUCCAAGAAGACCUUAGAAAACACAAUGUCGGUUCCUACACUCUAAUGAUGCAUAUGAACUUUUGGUCUAUCAUCUAUUUAGUUCCAGUGACUGUGUUCUCUGGAGAAGUUUCGCCGUUUAUGGAAUUUAUCAAACGCCAUCCACAUAUUCUUUAUGAUAUGAGUAUUUUUGGCUUGACAAGUGCUGUUGGUCAGAUAUUUCUAUUUGGUUUGAUCACAAACUUCAGCCCAUUAACUUGUUCAAUUGUGACUACAACAAGAAAAUUUUUCACAGUUCUCUUCUCAAUUAUUGUCUUUGGUCAUAGUAUGACAACAUGCCAGUGGAUAGGGACGGUAUUAAUAUUUUCUGGCUUAUUACUUGAUCAGAUCUAUGGUAAAACACGUCCUAAGCAGUCGUCCAACAACACAAAUAACAUCAAUGGGACAGUGAAUUCAGUUAAGAGUCAUAGAGAAUUAGGAAAGAAAAGUGAAUAAUAUGUUGCUUAUGCAAAAAUAUCAGAAUGUAACAAAUAUAUGAUUUUUCUUUUUGUAUUGAAUCCAAUUUAAUUGUUAUGUCUUCUUGUUAUA